AUGUUUUUGUUCAAUGCCACGGCGAAGUGGCUGCUCUUCAUGUCACCACCGCAUCCGUUACAUCGUCAGCUGAAGGAUAUGGCGGACAAACGAUUCUCUGAGCAAGUGGUCUGGGGGUGCCCUAGGAUACUCUGUUUUGCCUUCUGCUAUAACAUGGUUCAACUGGUCCAGAAUGAUAUGUCCUCAGCGGCGCGCCUCGGCAACAUGGCUCUGACUAUGUUCCUUAUGGCAGGUACUCUCAAGCCCCAUUUGGUCACCCCUACUGUCGUGUUCUUGUUCCACGUGCUCCUGUAUACGGUCGUCUGGUACCUUGCGGUCACUGCCGAAGACAAGAUCGCUUUCUUAAAAGCCAGCCCAGUGAGAAUCUGCGAACGCAUCGCAGUGAGCAUUGUUCAUUGCAGACCUAGGCUGACUCUCGUUUUGGGUCUUGUGUACGUCGCAGCUGUUUCGCCGGUGUACGAGCCCGCCGACACGCGUCAGGAGUUGAUCGUUUCGCUCCUCAUGUUCGCCGUAACAGCAUCCGUCAGAAAGUCCCGCGACGCUGAGUUUUUGGCAAUGUUGGAGGCGAAAACGUCGCGAAAUGUUGAGUCCAUAGCGGGCGGGCUCUUGUCAAGUGUGUGCGACGCGGUGGUGCAUUUGUCGCAAGAUCUUCUGUUCUCAAAGCCAGCCGCACACCUUGCCACACUGCUUUUCAGAUCCCCCACAACUAUGGGUGUCGGUGUCUCAUUUGUUGAUUUAGCCUUCGACGCUUCCGAGAAGGACCGUCUGGAUACAUUCUUGAAUCGGCCAAUGUAUGAUGCUAGCACCGUUCACGUGUCGUUCAAAGAUUCAUGGGGUAUGCCGGUGAAAUUUCAGCUAUUCCAUGCCCAGGGCAUUGACAUAGACGACGAGCCGAUCCACAUAGUGGGUGUGAAGGAAGAUUCUGAUUUUCUUCGGGCGCCGCCUGACAGCGAGCUUCGCGAUAGGCCAGUGGUCUCGCGUUCCGACGCCUGUGCAGGAAUCUCGGAGGAUUCGAUCAGUUCAUCAGGGAGUUUCUCUUCUGGUGCACUGAUCGGUACCCAGUGUGCGGGAAUGACUGUCCACAUCAACCCAGACAUCGACGGUUUGCCUAUUUUGCAUUGCUCCGCCGAGUUCUUGAAGCUGAGUGGACCUGUAUGCGAAGGCGCGGGGCUGUUGCAGUGGGUCGUCAAUAAGAGGGCGUUUAUGAAAUGGGCCACGGUGGCCUACAACAAUCUUAUGGAUGAUCUUGAGUGUGGCGACGGUGCGCAGGAUCAAAAUCCUAGUAUGGUGACAUUCAAAAUCCAUCUCAAACUGCCUCACAUGGGCUCAGCAGUCCGCGAAAUAUCUGCGAACGCAGUCUUGAGAUUGGAUGUCGCCGAGGAUGGGGGCAACGACGUGGCCCCUUCUACACGAGUCCUGCUGGUGCUAGAGGACGUUGUCUGCGUCCGCAGGGGAUCCUCCUCGAGGCGCCGACAGGAGAGUCGGGAGCUGCCAGCGACCUUGAAGCUGUGA